GGCGUGGGUGCGAGGCUCUAAACCGCAUCACCAUUCACCAGAGUCUUAUUAUCAUAUUGUUUAUCUCGUCACUCGUGGGCUCAGGUGCGCGCCAUCGUUCCGUCAAGUCCAAACCAACUUAUUUCUCUUCUCCCUGUUCUGAAAUCAUCUUUGCCUUGAAUAGCCUUCUCGAUUCCGGGGAGCUUGUAAGGUAGAGGGAGGGAGGGGACAUGACAGAAGCCCUCCACUGCCCCUCCGGAAUGGCGUCCUCUCUCGUCGUGUGCCGCUACGGCGUAACGUCCUCUUCACCACCCACUGCCACGCUGCAGGUUUCUUUUGGGAGCUACUUUCACAGAAUGCACAUUCCAUGUGUUCCACUCUCAUCCUUAAUGGUUUGGCGAUGAGGAAGGGUCCGUGUAGAGCAGUCAAGGAGAGUGUGGAAAGUGCCCGGGUCUUCUUGAGGCAAAAUCAUUCUGUGCAAGUGUGUCUUACAACGGCAAGCUCGGAUAGGCCAAAUGAGUUGUCAGGGGGUGCCUCGCUGCUCUGUGGGUGGGGUCGGAAGCAGAGAGUCACUGCGCUCAGGUGGGGAAGGCAGCUGUGGUGUCUACCUGCAGCUCUUGAAAGCUUCGAUGCUGGGGAAGUUGCUGAGCAAUUGUCUCAUUGGCAAGCUUCGAUAAAGAGGCGUGGCCUGGUUUUCAUCCUCAGUUCUUUGAUCGUUACUGGAGCUCUAGCCAGCUUUGCACUUCAGCCCUCAUUAUCGUUGACAGAAGAAAAUCUCCUCUUUCUUGAGGCAUGGCGAACUGUUGAUCGUGCUUAUGUGGACAAAUCCUUUAAUGGUCAGAGCUGGUUUAGGUACCGGGAAGACGCUUUAAAGAAAGAGCCCAUGAAAACACGAGAGGAAACUUACGCAGCCAUUCGAAAGAUGCUGGCCACUCUGGACGACCCUUUCACCCGAUUUUUGGAGCCGGAGAAGUUCAAAAGUUUGCAGUCAGGUACAAAUGGUGCUGUGACGGGGGUUGGAUUGGAAGUUGGUUUCAACACAAGCGAUUCAAGUACCUCAAAUACAGAUUUGGUGGUAGUAUCCCCAGUAUCGGGGGGGCCUGCCGCGCGUGCAGGAGUACUUCCAGGGGAUGUUAUCACAGCUAUUGACGGUGUCCCAACCCAUGGCAUGGGUCUUUAUGACGCAGCAAGGCGUCUGCAGGGUCCUGUACAAUCGCAAGUUGAACUGACGCUACUAAAGAAAGAUGCUACAACACCAAGUACUAUUACGGUCUUGAGAGAGAAGAUCACGCUAAACCCAGUCACUUGGCGAUUGUGUGAAAUGAAACAAAAUGACGGAUCGGCUCCAUUAAAGUUGGGCUAUAUUCGGCUCUCCACCUUCAAUCAGAAUUCCUCCAGUGCUGUAAAGAAAGCUAUCGAGACUUUGCAGGAGAGUGGGGCAGCCGCAUUCAUACUCGACAUUCGUAAUAACAGUGGUGGCCUGUUUCCUUCUGGAGUCGAGAUUGCAAAGAUGUGGCUAGACAAAGGCGUCAUUGUCUACAUUGCAGACAGCAUGGGCGUUCGAGAUAUUUAUGAUACUGAUGGGGAUUCAGCUAUCUCUACCAAAGAGCCUCUAGCUGUACUUGUAAACAAGGGCACAGCGAGUGCUAGUGAAAUUCUAGCGGGUGCUCUUAAGGACAACAAACGAGCUGUUAUUCUUGGAGAACCCACGUUUGGAAAAGGGAGAAUACAGUCCGUGUUUCAGUUGUCUGAUGGUUCAGGCAUGGCCGUAACCAUUGCUCGCUACGAAACUCCUGCUCACAUCAACAUUGACAAGGUGGGUAUCACACCAGAUCGCCCUCUUCCUGCCGUACUUCCUAUGGACGAGGAGGCUUUCUGCCGUUGCAUUGAAGAUCCAAACGCAGAUUGCAACGUUUCUUUCACUUCACUGUUUAGUCGAUAGUCGGUCAAAUGUAGUGAUAGAAAGUUCAUGUUUUCUGAUAAUCUUGCACGUUUUAGCUCUCAAACCCCUUGCAUCCUAAGCUAAGUGUGCUGGGUUAUUGGUUGUACGUACGUUCAUGGCGAAGUUUGAGUAAGAUGCCAGUUCUUAGUUGUACCCUUAUUAUUCAUUUAUUGAAGGUGAUCCACACAUGGGUUCCUAGCAGGUUCUUGUUCAAGGUGACCACUACUUUAUACAUUCUUAAGUGGUGCAAGGAUUCAUCUGAGAGUGGUCGCAAGAACUUUAGAAAUCUAAUCCGAUGUAUUGUACGUGCAAAAUUUGUUAUAUGACGUUGAGUAUUCCUAA